CCAUUAAAUUGGGGUUACAUUGCCGACCCAAUUGUCUCUGCAAACAGUGCUAUCCCCAAUUAAUACGCCAUUAAUGGAACAUCAUCACAUCCUUCAUUGCCCACCGCUGUUUCCAGCACACAUAUGCGCGAUUUAGGGUCGACUUUGGUGUUCUGAUUCAAUACUAGAAGAACUUUUGAUUGUAUUUAAAGGGAAAAGGUAUCUCAUGAUCGUUGAUCUGAUUUGAUUUGAUUUCAAGAUGAAGGCUUUUGGAUUAUGGGUUUUGUUUUUGGUGUUUGCAACAGCUUUAAUCUGCUUAUGUUUUUCUUCAUGUUCUGAAGCAAGCAUGAACCUACACAAGGGCAGGAAACUUAAGGAUUUAAUUGUUUUGAAAGGCUCAAUUAUAUGGAUUGAAUCAAAAGUAGAAGCUUGUGUUAUGUGGCAGGAGGAUAUGAAUCUUGAUGAUGAAAGCAACAUAGAUUUGUUUGAUUAUCACAAGAUCAAUCCUGUUCCAAGUUCAAAGGCCUCAAUAAGGCCAGGACCCAUUCAACAUGGGACUCCUCUUAUGCCUUUCAUCCCCAAGGAUCCACCUCCUGGACCUGAUCAUGGCAAUGAUGCUGAUCAUAGGUAUAGGGUUCGACCAUAUAAGCAAAUCAAACGAAAUCGUGGAGAGAAGAAAAUCAGAGUUUUAAGAAGCAUUGGAGUAGGAAGCUUUCAUUCGUUUCUGAUAUCGGGUCAUACGUAUAUUGGACCAGAGCACUUGCUUCUUGCUUUGCUUGAUAAGGAUGGGGGUGAAAACCGUGCUCUUAGGAAUUUUGGUGCAUACGCAAAGGACAUUCACAAAAAGGUGAUGAGAAUGAUUGAUGAGAGUAAACAAGAAAGCUCUAGCGACAAGAUGCCAAUUCUGGAAGAGUAUGGUGUUAACUUAGCACAGCUAGCAGAGACUUGGUAUGAUCCUGUUACUGAUGAAAGGAAAGCACAAAUCAAAAGAGUUAUUCAAAUUUUGGGAAUACAUACGAGAAACAACCCAUGCCUUGUUGGGAAACCCGGUGUUGGAAAGACAUAUAUUGUACAAGGCAUGAUUAGUCUAGACAUGCAUCGACUUUUUCAAGGAAGGUAUGAGGAGAGACUAAAGAAGCUAAUGGAGGAAGUCGAGGAAAAUGGUGGUGAAAUUAUUCUCUUUAUUGAUCAGCUCCGUACUUUAUUUGAAGCAGGAGCCUCAGAGACGGCUAUUUGUGCUGCUAACAUCUUGAAGCCAGCUCUUGCUAGCGGUAAAUUGCAGUGUAUCGGAGCAACAACUGAUGAUGAGUACCGGAAACACAUUGAGAAGGACCCAGCAUUGGAGAGACUAUUCGAGCCCGUAAAGGUGCCAGAGGCAACUUUUGGUAGAACUAUGAUGAUCUUAAAGCAGAUUCAAAAAACAUAUGAGUAUCACCACAAGCUCAGGUACACUCGAGAAGCAUUACUAGCUGCUGCCCAUCUGUCCUUUCGGUGCAUAAGUGAGCGCGGUUGUCCUGGUAAAGCUAUUGAUUUAAUCGAUGAAGCCGGUUCAUUGGUUUGCCGAAAGCACGAAAAUGAAGGUCUAAACUACCGUGACCUUCUGGAAGGACUUAAACGGUUGAGAGAGCUUAGAUUGGAAUGCCAAGGGGAAAUCGCCGCAUUUCGCGAUAAGGACUUAAAAAAGGCUGCUAGAUCAUGGGACCUUCUCGUGGGUCUUGAGCUUCAAAUAUUGGAGAAGAAGACAAGAAUCAAAGAGAUGAAGCGUAAUGAAUCGACGGGGAUUACUGUAACCGAAGCAGACAUUGAAGAGCUCGUCUCCUCUUGGAAACUUCAUAUCUAA